AUGUCGUCGUCGCCGCUGUCGAAACCCUCAGCAGGGGGUGCAGACGACUCCACCGCCCAACAGCAGCAGCAUGUGCGGCCCGCGGCGCCCAGCGCGGCUUGGCGCGCCGGCUCUGUCGCGACUAUGGGCUUCAUCGGGCUGCUGUGUCGGGGCUUUUUGCUCGGGUUCAGCAACCUCGAGGUGAAUGGGCUGGAGAAGUUCCUUGCGCUGCUGGAUAAGCGGAAGGAUGUCGAGGGGAGGCAGAGGGGCCUUGUUACAGUCUCCAACCAUGUUUCUGUUCUCGAUGAUCCGAUGAUCUGGGGCGCGCUUCCCGUGUCGUAUAUGUUCACGCCGGACAACCUGCGCUGGAGCCUCGCGAGCCACGACCUGGCCUUCCCGAACAAGAUCCUCUCACUCUUCUUCUCGCUCGGCCAAACCCUCCCCACGCACCGUCUCGCGCACUCCCCCCACGGCGGCCUCUUCCAACCCACAAUAACGCAAGCAAUCCGGCUACUCUCACGGGCGCCCUUCCCACCCACGCCCGUCGAACGGACCAGCAAGCCCGCAUCGCCGUCGCCCUCGCUCUCCACGCCCGACAUCGCCGACCCCUUCACCUCGGCCGCCCUCACUUACUCCACAACCGGACACGACGUGUUCCCUGCGCCGUCCGCGUACCUCUCGCGCCGGCACGCCUGGGUGCACAUAUUCCCGGAGGGCAAGGUGCACCAGAAGGAGGACCGCACAAUGCGCUACUUCAAGUGGGGCGUGGCGCGGCUGCUGCUCGAGAGCGAGCCCGCGCCCGACCUGGUGCCCAUGUGGGUCGAGGGCCCUGACCGCGUCAUGCACGAGUCCCGCGGGUUUCCGCGCUUCAUCCCGCGCGCGGGUAAGGAGGUCAGCAUCACGUUUGGGGACCGCGUGGACACGGAGGCCGUGUUUGGCGACUUGAGAGCUAGGUGGCGCGAGCUGGUGCGGAGGGAGGGCACCGACGGCGCCGAGAUGGGCGUCCUGAGCGAUGGCCUGAAGUACGGGACCGAGGCCGUCGAGCUGCGCAAGGAGUGCACCAUGCGCGUGAGGCAUGAGGUGCAGAAGGUUCGCCGCGCGAGGGGCUUCCCAGACGAGGACCCCAAGGUCGGGUUGGCGGAGACGUGGGCCCUGGAGGGUGGCAAGAAGGAGGGCAAGAUGCAGGAUGAGAGCUGGGUCAGGGAUACCUGA